AUGUCAUUUUCAAUCAGACCAAUCGAAGCGGGCGAUAAAGCGCUGUGGAAAGCAUUGUGGAAUGCACCAGAGGAUUCUUACUUGAAGUUCUACAAUGCGCUAGACAGAGUUACCGAUGAGGCUACAGAGACGACCUUCAACAGAUUCCUUGACGAAAACGAGCCAGUAUAUUCCGCCGUUGCCGUGGAUGAUACUGGCAAAAUUAUCGGGUUCAUCAACUAUUUGACUCACCGCAACACUUGGACCGUCGAGAACGCUUUAUACUUGAACGACUUGUACGUGAGCUCGGCCUCUCGGCUCAAGGGAGUUGGAAGGGCGUUGAUUGAGUUUGGAUACAAGGAGGCGGAUCGCCUUAACUGUCCCAAGUGCUACUGGAGCACGCAGUUUGAAAAUCACAGAGCACAGCUCUUGUACACGAAGGUGGGUGUGAAAUCAGGAUUUUUGCUCUACCGCCGGCCCUAG